AUGCAAGAGGAGUCAGAAGAAGGUAGUUGCUCAAAUACAUCUACAACUACCAAUGUUGUUGAAAACUUACCGUCACUAAAGGGCCCAAGUGUGUGUUACACUCCCAGAGGAACAAAAGAGUUUAUACCGUGUUGUCCCCCUGAACUAAAGCCUACACUUGGUAUGCUUUUUGAUUCCUUACUUAAAGGUGUUGAUUUUUAUAAGCAAUAUGCUAGAUUUGGUGGGUUUGUGGUAAGACUAGGUACUGAAAAGAGAAUUAAAGAUAGUGAUAAAGUCUACUUGAAAUAUUUACAUUGUAAUAAACAAGGGUUUACGAAGGAUGGUGAAACUAAAGCAAAAGUUUCUAACAAAGAUAAAAAUCCUAAAGCUAGAAAAAGAACCAUAAAUCGUGUUGGAUGUAAUGCAAUGAUUGGGUUUAGAGAACGUUCAGAUGGAAAAUGGAUGGUUUAUGUCUUUCAUGAAUCUCAUAGCCACAAUCUUGCUUCUCCCAACACAAUGAAUUUUUUGGCAAAUGUUGGAAACCUUAAACUUGGCCAGAAAAAAUUCAUUUUUGACAACUCUAGAUUGAACAUUGGUCCAAACAAGUCUUAUAAGUUGAUGAAAGAACAUCUUGGUAGCUAUGAUAAUAUAGGUGCAACAUUGAAUGAUUUCAAGAACUUUAAUCGAGACUUGAAAGCUUACAUACAAGAGAAAGAUGCUUCGAUGUUUAUAAACAAUUUGAAAGAAAAAGCUGAAAACAGUGAAGGUGCCUUUUUCUUUGAGCAUUGUAUGGAUGAACAUCAACGCUUGACAAGAGUAUUUUGGGCAGAUGCAAUUAGUAGAAAAAAUUAUUCGUUGUUCUGUGAUAUGAUUACAUUUGAUACAACAUUUGACACCAACAAAUACUCUAUGGUUUUUGCCCCAUUUACGGGUGUUGAUCACCAUGGUAAGUGUGUGACUUUUGGGAUAGGCUUACUUGCAAAGGAGGAUAUUGAAUCCUUUGAAUGGUUAUUUGAAACUUUCUUAAAGGCAAUGAAUAACUGUCAGCCUACCUGUAUCAUGACAGAUCAAGACCCUGCGAUGAAAGUGGCAAUUGAAAAAGUUCUUGAUAAGACCUUGAACCAGAAGAAUUUGAAAUUGGUUGGCAGUCUGUGA